CAUCAUCAGUCGUUCCCUGACCGAAGAACCAACAAUGUUCAAACUAUUGGUACUGGCUUGUGCUGUAGCGGCGUGCGCUGCCGACCCCAAGCCCGAGCCCGGGGCGCUGCUGUCUGGUGCCUACUACGCCAGCCCCUACCUGGCCACCUCGUACGCCGCCCGCCCGCUGCUGGCUGCCGGCUACUCCGCGCCCCUGUACCCUGGCUAUGGCUACAGUGGCUACCCUGGCUACAGCGGCUACGUCGCCCCGGCCGCGCACUUCAUCAAGAAGCGCUCCGCCCCCCUGCUCCCCUACGCUGCCUCCUACAUCGCCCCGACUACGUACUCGACUUACGCGUACUCUGCGCCUGCUUCGUACUCGUACUCAUACUCCGCUCCUCACUACACCUCGACGUACGCCGCUCCCAUCGUAGCGUCAGCUCCAGUGGCCGCCCCCGUCGCCUACUCUCACUUCAUCAAGAAGCGGUCUGCCCCUAUUGCCCUGCCCUUGGCCACGUCGUACAUCGCGCCCGCGGCCAUCUCCCACCAGUCCCGCAUCGACUACAAGACCUACCCCUACUACUCGUACGGAGCCCCCUUCGCCUACACCGGUGCCUACGCGGCGCCCUACGCCUACUCCGCCUACCCCUACUUCUACAAGAAAUGAACACCUGCAACAGGAAGCCGAGCAAGUUAACGUUGAAACUGUAGAAUAAACAAUACUUCUGUGAUCAAAUAACUUUUAAUGUGUAUGACUUGCUAUAAAUAAAACAUUUUGAAAAAGUG